UUCCUGUCUUACCGCUCCGUUACCUGUUUUGUUCCGUCUGCACUCUGCAGUGCUGUGAAUGAGAACAUGAGAUUAAAAACGCUAUUGGAAAUUAUGUACGGACAUAGCUGCAAGGGAAAUUAAUUUACUCCAUGGCAGGGGGCCAGAGAAGAGUGUACUUUCAAAUUUUCAAAAACUUUGUUGAAUCAUUCACAAAACGGAGGGCUGCAGGGAGUGAAAUUGGAAAUGACUACUUAGGAAACAAAUAUUUUGAGACUCCAGCAGAUCCUAGCCGUGGAAGGCGAAGGCCAGUCAGGUGGUUUGAACCAGCCAUAAAAGAGAAGUUUGAUCAAGAGGUACCAGUAGAGUGGGAAGCAUGGCUUCGUUAUAGAAGAACGAGUCCUCCUACUGAAGAGGAAAUUGCUCGUAACUUGGCCAUCAUGGAGGCGAAGAAGUUUAAAGCAGCUCAACUGGAGGAGGCAGCUCGUCUAGAACGUCAACAGCGAGAAACUGGGCUGACCGUGCCACAAGAUCCAGCAGCACGAGCGCCUUUUCCAAGGUAUGAGGAGUACGAAACGCCAUCAGGAAGGAAACGUGCGGAUAGUGACGAGUCGUCCAGGUGACGCAGAUAACUUUUUCUGCAAGACUGGAAGAUGUACUAUAUUGAUCAUGCCAUAGGCUCAGCAUUCUUACAUACAUGUUAGUACUCAUUUAGGAAUUAAAAUUUAUGUAUGUCAUA